GGAGCGUGGGAGCAGGAGGAGGAGAAGCGCCCCCCCCGGUGCGACGCGCACACACAUCGUGCAGAGGAGAGCGAGGAAGCACGGGGGAGAGCGCUCCGUUCGCCGUCCAUAACCGCCGCGGCCGAUCUUGGACGAGCGAGCGGCUGCCUAGCACUGCUCAUGUCUGUGAAUUCUGAGAAAUCCUCCUCCACUGAAAGGCCCGACACCCAGCCAAAGGUCCCGGCGGCGGCCCCUCCCCCACCACCCCCCCCAGAGCCCGCUGCCCCCCCAGAACCAGAGGAGGAGAUUCUGGGCUCUGAUGAUGAAGAGCAGGAGGAUCCUGCUGACUACUGCAAAGGGGGUUACCACCCGGUUAAGAUCGGGGACCUGUUCAACGGGCGCUACCAUGUGAUCCGCAAGCUGGGCUGGGGCCACUUCUCUACCGUGUGGCUCUGCUGGGACAUCCAGGGGAGGCGUUUUGUGGCCUUGAAGGUGGUGAAGAGCGCUCAGCACUACACAGAGACGGCGCUGGACGAGAUCAAGCUCUUGCGAUGUGUACGGGAGAGUGACCCUAGUGACCGCAACAAGGACAUGGUGGUCCAACUAAUAGACGAUUUCAAGAUCUCAGGAGUUAAUGGGACCCAUGUGUGCAUGGUGUUUGAGGUUCUGGGCCACCACCUGCUCAAGUGGAUUAUCAAGUCCAACUACCAGGGCCUGCCGCUGCCGUGUGUGAAAAGUAUUAUCCGACAGGUCCUGCAGGGCCUGGACUACCUACACAGCAAGUGUAAGAUCAUCCACACAGACAUCAAGCCGGAGAACAUCCUUAUGUGCGUGGAUGAUGCCUUUGUUCGGAGGAUGGCUGUGGAAGCCACGGAGUGGCAAAGGGCUGGGGCACCUCCCCCAUCUGGGUCUGCAGUGAGCACAGCUCCUCAGCUGAAGCCGGUGAGUAAUGGAGAUACCGUGGCAAAAGUUCCCGUGUCACAGAUACUCAAGGUUGGGAAAAUCUCCAAGAACAAAAAGAAGAAGCUGAAGAAGAAACAGAGGCGGCAGGCGGAGCUGCUAGAGCGGCGUCUGCUGGAGAUCGAAGCCCUGGAACGUGAAGCUGAGCGCCUGAGGGGGGGCCCAUGCAUCGCUACCGCUGACAGUGAUGAGGAGGAUGAGGACCAGGAUGCUGAGGAUGAAGAGGCAGAGGAGGAAGGAGAGGAACCAAUACGGAGGCAUACACCACUCACCAACCACACCUGUGCGGCUACAGAGCACCAACAGCAAGAGGAGGACCCCCCCAGCCCAUCGGAGCUGGGGGAUGAAGACACAGCAGAUGGGGAGAACCUUUCUGUGCCUACCAGUGGAGCUGGAGCAGAGGAAGAAGCAACAGGCGAUGAAGAGUUAGGUGAAGACAAACAGGAGGAAGACACAAAGAAGAGUCCAGAAGCCGCUGAGCUGUUUCUGGAGAAAGAAAACCCAAAAAAGGAGGAUAUAAAGGAAGAGGAGGAGGAGGAGGAGGAGGAGGAGGAGGAUAUAGAAAAAAACCACAGGGAGGAAGAAGAGGACAAUGAUGACGAUGAUGACGAUGAUGAUGACGAGGAAGAUGGUGAGGAAGGUGGGGAAGACUCCUUGAACCCAAAAGCAAAUGGGCACAUAGUGAUGGGAGCAGAGGACCUGCAGGUGAGCGGAGAUGCAGUCUGCCCCCUGGUGGAGUCAGAGCUCAGCAUCACUGACCGAGACGCCUCCGUCAGUUCCUCUUAUGAGCUCUUGAACGGCGAUGUCCCAGGAAUGACCAACGGAGCGCGGCACAGAGGAACUGCCCCUCGAUACCCCGAGCUGCCCCUGGACCCUCUGCCAAGUGGGCAACCCCCUCAGCAGAGCCCUCCCGCAGACCGCAGCCGCACUGUGUCCUCAUCCAGCACUGGAGAUGCCCCCAAAGGGAAGGCCCGAGCAGUGGACCUGCUGGUGAACCCCCUGGACCCCUGCAAUGCCGACAUCCUGAGGGUGAAGAUUGCGGAUUUGGGCAACGCCUGCUGGGUGCACAAGCACUUCACAGAGGACAUCCAGACUCGGCAGUACCGCUCCAUCGAGGUGCUCAUCGGGGCAGGCUACAGCACCCCGGCCGACAUCUGGAGCACUGCCUGCAUGGCGUUCGAACUGGCCACUGGAGACUACUUGUUUGAGCCCCAUUCUGGAGAGGAUUAUUCCCGGGAUGAAGACCACAUAGCUCACAUCAUCGAGCUGCUGGGCUGCAUCCCACGACACUUUGCACUCUCUGGAAAGUACUCCCGGGAGUUCUUCAACCGCAGAGGUGAACUGAGGCACAUCACCAAGCUCAAGCCCUGGUCCUUGUUCGACGUGCUGGUGGAGAAAUACGGGUGGACCCAUGAGGACGCCGGCCACUUUACCCAUUUCCUCCUACCCAUGUUGGAGAUGGUGCCCGAGAAGAGGGCGUCAGCUAGCGAGUGCCUCAUGCACCCCUGGCUAAAUUCGUAGCGGCACCCCCUGGGGACUGCCUGCAGAACUGGUUUUCCAUAAACGGAUCAGAUAAGGAGGGUGGGAGGGCUGGUGGGCAACGUGUAUCCCUCAAAUCCAGACAAACCCUUGGUUUCUUGCACACAACCUGUAAUGCAGACAGAGACACUGCACAUCCGGCGCAGCCCUGUGUGAUCCUCUUUGUUGCAGACACAGGAAGAACUCCCGACAGGUAACCCCCCACCCCCAUCCCCAUACCAAAGCAGUGCUCUUGUGGAUUCCUCCCUGGCUUUUCCCCUUACUGUCUUCCCUCCACUUACAACCACAUUGGUGUUGCCCUCCACUACGUGUGUGUGUGUGUGUGUGUGUGUGUGUGUGUGUGUGUGUGUCAGUCUAUGAGGCUGAAGAAAGGACUUGCCCAGGAAUCUGCAGCUUGUAUUCUACACCCGUCCUGGAGAAUCAGCGACACUGGACAUCAGUGGGACUGCUGGUGCUGGUUUUACUGCGAUGAUUGUGUCUUCCAAGACGUCUUUGUUGUUGGACAUAGGGUGGAUUCACAGACCUCCCUGCCACUAGGCGGCGAUAUCGGAGCAUCGAGCAGAAAGGGAGCGGUCUUUAAGACUUGUACAGUAGUUUAUUCUUAUACUCUCCUAUCCUAAAGACAGACCCUGAGCACAUUGGCGAGGUCAAAGAUCAAAUAUACGACUCAUCAUCACAUAAAACACGUCUGCAGGAAGUGCAACUGAGACAAAAAGGACAAACACUUUUAAUUAAUACAUGCUUCAGUAAAUUUAAGGAAUAAAUUCACGGCCGAUGGAAAAAGCGCAUGUUUGAAACCGCAUGCUCAGUUGCCCUCCUGUACAGCGUCCUGUAACUUAUUGGAAGGCCUACAUUACAAGGAUGCUACCCUAUGUUUACACUGGAAUGGCAGUGCCAGGGGGUGGGGCUUCAGACUGGAACUUGGCAUGCCCCUCCCCCCACCCACCCCUUCCACCCUCCUAUGGAGCAAGAAGCCCAAGACGGUGCCCAAAAUGUGCCCUUCUGAGCACUGACAUGCAGACAUGGAUCUGACCCCCACAGACACAUAAAGGGCCCUGCCAGCAGGGGGCGCCGCAAGCAUCGACACCAUCCCAAUGGUCCGAGGGCUGCGACAAUUGCUGCCAGCGAGACGGAGUGGUCAAAUCGUUUUCAGUCAGGACCGACUGGCAUUUUAAAAAAGUGAAACGUGUUUUUCAAUUUUAUCAACUUUUUUUUUUACAUUUAUUCAGUUAGCUGACACUCUUGUCCAAAGUGACUUACCACAUUAAGUUACUUACAGCAAUUUACCCUUUAUAUAGCUGGGAGCAAUUUAGGGUAAGUACCUUGCUCAAUGGGACUACAGCUGGAGGUGGGUUUCAAACCAGUAACCUUUGGGUCCAAAGGCAGCAGCUGUAACCGAUUUUGAUUAUUGAUUGCUUUAUUGAUCAGGAAGUGUGAGGUGUGUGGGAGGUCACACCCCACUGCUUCCCAUGUGAGUUCUGUGAGACGGUGGAACAGUCACUCACUCUCAGACCAAACCCACCCCGUACCGCCUGCUUCCGGAAGGGCUCUUAAAAGCAGAGCAUUCAAUCGGUCAUCCUUCUUGGACCACGUGUGAACACAUGGAGAGGGACCCGGAGCACUUCUCUCACCGAGGACGGUCCUGCCACUUGUCGUUGUCGGGGAGGAAACUGGGCAUUGUGCUUGACCUUUGGGAACCUGUAUCACAGCGCCCCCUUCUGGACACAAACCCCAUCACUGUUAGUUCUGUUGCCUCUUUUCGCAAUAAAUCCGUGAAUAUAAGUAGAUGGUGGAGUGUUUUUCCAGCAAACCUCAAGACCUUUACUAAAGUAGUAAUAAAAAGAAACUCACUGGUGUUGUGACCGUGAACAGAUCUUGUUAGUGAGUGAGGUGAUUGUGUUUGUUCAUUAGAUGUCGUUUAUGCAUUUUUUAAACUUUUCAUUUUUUCGUCCCCCCCGAUGCUGUCGUCGCCUUUACCCUUUUCUUACAUGGACAGUGCUGCUCUUGAACAUAUGUGAUGAUGAUGAAACGGAUUAAACAUUCUUGCAAUAACAGUAACUACUAUUAUUAUGAAAUUUUGCACCCAAAGCUCCGUUCUGCAGCCGUGCUGACCGCUCUUCUAGUCGUCCAGUCAUCCCUCUCCUGUUUUCAUUUGCAGAGUUAAUAAAGGUAAAAAAUGAACAAUCUCAGUGUUCCUGUAACUUGAGGCACAGGGUAUGUGGCAGCUUAAUCCCUUUGCGCCCUUUUCUUUCUAAGUUGCCUAUUAAUUUCUCACUGGACAUCAUAUGAACAAAACAUUUCUCAACAGCACCUGUGAAUUUGCAUUUGCCAAAAUGUUCUUAUUCAGGUAUAAGUCUCCACAUAUUUCUACAAAAAGCACACAUUUCCACAUUGCAUUACAGAGAUUUAUUCCAUUUCAAUUUCCAUUAAAAACACUUUUUAACACUUUAAUAUUACUAGUACUAAAUGUAGGGCUUUUUUCAACAGUUAGGGAAAGGGGUGUGGGUAAACAGUUUGGGCAAACAUUAACGCAAAAUAAACAUUUAUUCAAAACAACCUUUAGCUUUGGUCGCCAACUCCAUUAUGAAAAAACAGGCUGAACUGGCACAGACACACAAAAACAGCAGUAAAUACAUUCUCAUCGCUUUUAUUUGUUUCAAAAUAUUGGGACUAAACAUCAAUCGUUACAAGUUCACCAAAAAUAAAAUCACAGGCUGGUGGGGGGGGGGGGGGGGGUGUCACAUAAAUUG